AUGGCUGCCAAUCAUAUCUGUAUUGAGUAUGGACAGAGCUUCUCUCAUGAGGUUCCUUAUGUCAAGCACCAGAAGUUACACAGUCCUGGAGUUAAACUCGACCUCAGGUCGCACAGUCUGGUCAGUGGAUCUGUGACCCAGGAGCCAAAGAGAACAGGCCGAGAGUUUGUAUGUGGAGACUAUGGAAAAACCUUUAUGGGGAAAUCUAAUCUCAUAGUCCAUCAGAGAACGCACACAGGAGAGAAACCUCACGGAUGCAUCUUCUGUGGGAAACACUUUGGCAGAAGUUCUGUGCUUAGAAAACGCGAGCGGAUCCACACGGGAGAGAAGCCGUACACACGUGUCUACUGUGGAAAACAGUUCAGUCAGAACUCAGGGCUGAAGAACCAUGAGAGAAUCCACACUGGGGAGAAGCCUUACGCCUGUAUAGAGUGCGGGAGGAGGUUCAGUCAGAGUGUCGAUCUGAUUGUUCACUAUAGGACCCACACCGGCGAGAAACCAUUUACAUGGAUUGAGUGUGGAAACAGCUUUAUCCGCAGCUCAGACCUCGCCAUACACCAAAGGACUCACUCUGGGAUUAAACCAUUCACCUGCACUGAAUGUGGGAAGAGCUUUAGACAGAGGUCCCACAUUAGAAGACACGGCAGACCCACACCGGUGAGCGGCCAUUUACCUGUGAUGUCUGCAGGAAAAGCUUCAUCCUGA